UCCGAUUCCCAUGCGAUCGAAUACGAAUGUUUCCACUUGCAUUUCUCUCCAAAAGUAAAAUUCCAAAAACCCCACUAAGAAGAGAGUGCUCUGAUUCUGUGGUUGCGUAGAAGAACCCUAAACCGAAGAAGAAGAAGAAGAAACAGAGAGGGUUUUUUUUCUAAAAUGUUGAUGGCAAAUUGUGGGCCGGUGAUGGAAAAUGAUACGAUGGAAUCUGAAUCCGUGGCGUUAAUGGCGGCGGCUAUGGCUUCUUCGCCGGCGACUCCGAAGACGGUGGUGGUGAAGGAAGAGGAAGCUCAUCAUCCUUACGCGUUUCACGUUUCGGGACCUAGAAACGUAGCUUCUCCUAAUUGGAGAGAUCUCAUCAAUUCCAGUUGGAAGGACCCUAACUAUAAGAGAACAGUAAUGGCAUGCUUUAUCCAAGCAGCUUACUUGCUUGAACUCGACAGACAAGAGAACAGAAACGAGCAAAAUGCUCUCGCUCCAAAAUGGUGGAUUCCUUUCAAAUUCAAGCUAUCGCAAACACUCAUCGACGAGAGAGAUGGAUCCAUAUUCGGCGCCGUUCUUGAAUGGGACAGAGCAGCUGCGAUGGCAGAUUUGGUCGUCAUCAGACCAAGUGGGGCACCAAAAGCAGUACUCGCGCUACGAGGAACGAUUCUAAAGAGUCUAACAAUGAGACGUGACAUCGAAGAUGAUCUCCGGUUCUUAGCUUGGGAGAGCCUUAAAGGUUCUGUGAGGUUUAACGUCGCUCUCGAGGCGCUGCAAUCAGUAGCAAAGAGAUAUGGGAGCAGUAAUGUUUGCGUUGUGGGUCAUUCUUUAGGAGCUGGUUUUGCAUUACAAGUAGGUAAAGCCUUGGCUAAAGAAGGGUUGUUUGUAGACGCCCAUUUGUUCAAUCCACCUUCUAUAUCUCUCGCUAUGAGCUUAAGAAACAUCGGAGAGAAAGCUGGUGUUGCUUGGAAACGUCUCAUGUCAAUGCUUCCUCCAAAAACCGAGCCUUUGAUACCAAAUGGUAAUGAAGGAGAGAUUGUUUCAGGGUUCAGGAACUGGGUACCGAGCUUCUACGGACAGACUCAGAAAUCUUCUGUGGAUUUGAGAAAAUGGGUGCCUCAUUUAUACGUGAACGAUAGUGACUAUAUCUGCUGCCACUACACUGACCAAGAUGGAGUAACUGAGAAGAGAGAAGUGAACAAUAAGGAGAACAAUGGUCCUGUUGUGAACAGUGUUCCUCAAGCAGUAGCAAAGCUUUUCGUGAUGUCGAAAGGGAAACAGAAGUUUCUUGAGGCGCACGGGUUAGAACAAUGGUGGUCGGAUAAUCUUGAGCUUCAAUCAGCUAUUCAUAGCAGCAGGUUGAUCAGUCAGCAGCUCAAGUCACUAUACAGUAUCAAGUAAACAUUGAUAUGGUUUCACCGGUUUUAUUCAGCAUAAGUCCAACCACAUGUCCAUCUCCAUCGUUUAAUAAAACACAUUUGCUCUCUCUUUUAUGAUCUGAUGUUAGAACAUUUUUCCAGGAAAUGUAACAACAUAAAUGUAAGAAAGCUUUUUUUUCA